UGACUCUGGGGUCAGAAGAACACUGUUUAUGUGAGCAGAGUUUUUAAAUAACCUCUCACUGUCCUGGACCUACGUGCUGACUGGGAGUCAGAGAACUAGAAUGCAAUAAAGGGGGCUGUGUGAUUUCUUCUUUCAGUUUCUCAAUAACCAGCAUGGAGGAUCAGAAGCAAAUUUGGUGACUGGUCAGUGAGUUUAACUUCCUUGUUAACUACCAGGUUUGGGAGCAUCUGCUCACCCUUUUUCAGCCUGCCCUGAUUUUGGCCUUUUAAGUGAGGACUGCCCCAGGCACACUGGGUCACACUAAGCACUGAAGUUAAAUUAAUAGUGUUUUUAUGACACAGUCAUAUGAAAUCAACUGAACUCCUUUGUUUUCUUUCAUCUGAGCAGGGUUUCCAGUUUCCAAACCUCAUAUAAUCUCCCAGCUGGAACAAGGAGAAGAGCCAUGGGUCCCAGACCUCCAUGGUUCAGAGGAAAGACGGAUCCUGAGAGCUCCCCACACAGGUGAUGCAAUGGUAGGUGAGAAAGAGGAGAAGAAUUUUCAGCAGGAAAAUGUUGAGCAAGUGGAUAAACUCAGAGCAUUUUCGCAAAGAUCGAAAAGGAAUGUGUCCAGGAGUCAUGAGCAGGGAAACUCCUGGGAGAGUCAGCACAGACCAGAAAGAGAGCAGGGAAACCAGCCAGGAGAGAGAAUGGGUAAAUUUAUUUUCUGCUGGGGAACUCAGAAGAGCCUCAAGGAAAUCACAGCACAGCAGGAAAUCCUCAUGGUAAAGAGGAAAAAUACAUGCUGUGAGUGUGGGAAAGGCUUCUCUAGCAUCUCAGCCCUUUCUCAACAUCGGAGAAUCCACACAGGGGAGAGGCCCUAUGAAUGCCGUGAGUGUGGGAAAACCUUCAUUCAGAGAUCAGGCCUUUCUGAACAUCAGAGAAUCCACACAGGGGAGAGGCCCUAUGAAUGCCGUGAGUGUGGGAAAACCUUCACUCACAGAUCAGGCCUUUCUCAACAUCAGAGAAUCCACACAGGGGAGAGGCCUUUUGAAUGCCGUGAGUGUGGCAAAACCUUCAAUCACAGCUCAGUCCUUUCUAAACAUCAGAGAAUCCACACAGGGGAGAGGCCUUAUGAAUGCCAUGAGUGUGGGAAACGCUUCACUGAAAGAUCAACCCUUUCUAAACAUCAGCGAAUCCACACAGGGGAGAGGCCCUAUGAAUGCCGUGAGUGUGGGAAAAGCUUCACUUGCAGCUCUGACCUUUCUAGACAUCAGAGAAUCCACCAGGCGGGAGAGGCCCUAUGAAUGCCGUGAGUGUGAGGAAAAACUUCAUUCACCGCCCGCAGCUUGUUAGCCAUCAGAGAAUCCACACAGGUGUGCGACCCAAUGGAAGCAGUGAAUGUGGGAUAACCUUGUUUUGCCACUGAGCCCAUGUGAGCCAUCAGAGAAUCUGCAAACACUAUAAAAACCUCUAGGGCUAUCAAUACUUUAAUACUUUUCCUGAUUCCCACAGAGCAACUUUUAAAAGCUGUUCGAACUGCUUGGAGCACUGAUAUCCCUCAGUUUGUCCAGAUGAGUGGCCCAGUUUUGCCUUUUGCAGUUUGACUCUUUGAGGUGGACCCAUUUGUCCUUUCUAUCAACUCCAUUCUCCCAUGAGUAAUUUGAGUGUGCCCUUCUCACAAGAAACAAGGGAGCAUCACAUUUAUACCAUUUCUCCUAUUGCAGAGUUAUUGUGAUUGUAUCAUUGCCAGUUAUUCUCACGUUGCUUUGGGGUUGUGCUGAAGAGCAGUUAUCAUGGGAACUUUCCAAAUUAUAUUUAAAUGAAGAGGAGCAAGGGCAGGAAAAAAAGUGUCAUUUCAGCCUCUGUGAUACUGGAAGGAA